AUGGCUCAAUCCGAUGGUCAAGGUCGACCGUUCUCGUUUCAUAACCUCUUGAAGAUGCUGCUUUCGACCAACUCGUCCACGCAGCCGGCUCACGACGACGCCGAGCUCGUGGACGACUUGGACGAGCCUCCUGAUCAGCACAUAUUCCACGCCACCCCGAUGCACACCGAAGAUGCUAUCACCUUCUCCCGACCCUCCAUGGGAGAUCGCAAAGAAUCCCUCCUCACCCGCGCUCUCAAGACCAGUCCUGAAAUGUCCCCUAUCGAUUCUCAUUCCGCACUCCACGACUCUUCCUACAACUACCGCUCCUACCCUCACAGCAACAUCAGUGGCAUCUCCACGGCCGAGUUGACCAGUGAUGGCGGCAUGACCAGUCCGUCCAUUGCCAACUCUCCGAGCCCGCCACUUCCUUCCCAGAUGAUGGGCAAGGCGCCCGCUCCCAUGGCCGGCAUGAAGGAUCAUACGCCGAAGGUCAAGGUUGUGGACUCCAACGAGACCUCUGUUGAAGCAAACCUUGGACGUAAGCGCUGUAUCAGCUUCGCCUGCCGCCCCAAGGCCGACUCAAACGAACAAAAAGCCGCUGCGCCACCGGCUCGCCAACCAAGCCCCCAGAAUGUCAAAGCCGCUCCGGAACCCCCGACACGCAAGUCCACUCUCACUUUCGUCUGCCCUGGACGCCAGGCGGCCAUCUCAAGAGAACGUUCUCCGGCUCGCAAGUUUACCCUUCGAUCAAAGAGCCGUGGCUCUCCCGCCCCUUUUGCUCGCAAGUCAUCCUCCGAUCAUGCCGAAAGCUCCAAGCAGAAGGAGAUCACUGCGAUCACUAUUCCCAAGGGCGUCCCCACCAGUGGUCUAGGCAAGUUCGAGGAAUCAGAGGCCACUCGGUUCCAUGAGUUCGCCAGCUCCAUCGAUGAGGAUGAUGAGUGGGUGACCAAGUCAACCGAGUACCCCGAAAAGAUCACCUUGAGUGACUGCAUGAAGAAGGAGAACGCCAUUCGACGACUCGGUGAAGAGGCCGAGGAGGAAGCUCAGGAUGAAGAAGAUGAGGACGACGACAUUGAAGACGUGGCCGACGACGGUUCCACCGUUCACGACUUUUCCUCGGAUGAUGGCAACGAGUCUGAUAACGAGGCUGGCUUCGCGGACUCGGACGACAGUGAUGACGAUGGCUCAGACUACGAGUUCUGGGCCCCCUCGGUUGCUGUGCAAGAACCCAGUGUGCUCUCUAUCGACAUCAUUUCCCCGACAAUCGAACGUCGUGCCUCCAACACCUCCUUCGACUCUAUGACCGAUGACCACCAGAACUGGCUGCCGGCACCCGUUCAACGGAUCCCUGGCCGUCACUCUCCCAAGGGUCUGCGCAUGCGUCCGGGAACUCCCAACCUGCCUGAUAGUACCGACUUUGUCUGUGGAACCCUAGAUGAGGACCGUCCUCUCGAGGCUGCGUACAAGUCCUGCAUGGAGCAACGACGUCUCGAGAAGCUCGUCCUCAUCCCCCAAGACAUUGAUCCUAGCUUCCCGACAAGCGACCCAGAGGACGAGGAAGAUCUGGAAGAUCUUUCCGGUGAUCUGGACUCCGUCGUGCUCGAGCCCCCUCGUGGCCGGGUCGAAGGCCAGUCCCGCAAGACUUCUCCAAAGCACUCGCCGAAGCGCAUUGUUUCUCCACCGCCGCCUCGCCGUGCUGGCCGUACCUCUCCGAAGCGUCUCAAGUCUCCGCCUCCUCGAACCCGGGCCAAGUCUCCACCCCCUCGAGUCCGGGCCAAGUCCCCUUCUCCGGAGAAAUGGACACUGUCAGAGAACAUGCCCGUUAUCCAGUCGCCGCAAGGCCUCAACAUUAGCCAUCUUGUUCAACGACCGCCUAUCGUCCGCACCAAGUCGCUGCCUAGGACGCCGAACCCGUUCUUCACUGGCAUGCAAAAGUCCCAUCGCUGGCAGGGCAUCCAUACCUUGGCCGAAUCACCGGAGCGUGAGCGCUCGCAUACCCGCGAACCUGUUCAUACAAGAGGACCCGUCGAUAUUGUCGAGGGCCUCGAAAAGAAGCGCCAGAAACGAAAGGAAAAGUUCUGGCGCCAACAUUGCCGUAAAGCUGCCAAAGAGCAAGCUGUGCGGCGGCCGAUUCCCGGCAAGGGAGCCGAACGGAUGAAGGAGCUUGGCCUCGAAGUUGCUGAGAGGUGCAGAGCUUACGGUGUCGGUCAAGACGCCCAGCUCGUCCUAUCCGUUUAG